AUGAGCAAUCCGCUCACAGACCCGGAGACCGAUGCUGACCGCAUCCGCAUGAAGCGGCUCGCGAAGCUACAGCAGCAACAAGCCCAAGCAUCAUCCAGCAGCACUGCAACCCCAUCAACGCCCCCUCCUGCCGCUGCUUCCACGCCAAAACCGAAACCGAAGCCAACGCCUGCACCCGCACUCCCGCCACCGAAGCGCGCAGCCGAGCCAUCUCCGGCACCCGCACCUCCCAAGAAGAAGGCAUCUGCACCACCACCCAGGUUCAACGCGGAGGAGUGGGAGAAUGAUACUAUCACCGACGUCUUUAGGGUAACUCUUGAUCCGGGUGUGGCAUUGACUCGCGAAUAUGAAGUCGUGUGGCUUAAGUCAUACAUGGAGGAUGAAGCCGAGUCUCUGAACGGUGAUUUACGUCUGAAUGCUGAACGCUUAGAGCCUGUCGUCAUUGCGAGAUUAGACCUCAACCCAAACCCUGCUCUCCACGAUGGAGAGUUUCAACCUUUCUUGUCACGCGUGCCCCGCGAUCUUACUGUAUUCGAGUACCUUGUUAGCUGUUGGAAGCGCCUAAACGCCGCCAAGUCGGCUCUUCUGAAGCGGGGAUACCUACCUGCAGAGGUCCAACAAGCGCUACCAAUCCUCGACCGGAUGCGCCAUCUCAUCGUUAGCUACGUCGGCAUCAACUUCAUGAGCCCAGACGCUUUCCCAUGUCCACCGAACAAAAUCGCCGGCGCUAGUGAACUCGUGGAGUCUCUUCUCUCCUUGGGUGCUUUCUCCAACCCGCUGUUCGGUGGCUCCGGUACAUCCGAAUACAAGCUCGAUGACACGGAGAUCAGCACCUUCCUAGCUGACGUCGUCCGCCGCUUUGCGCCCGACGGCGAACUGCCGGACGUACUCUCAGACGUGAUCCGCAACUUGCUAUGGCACCCGUCUCUAGCGAAGCCUGAAGGUCUUGCUGCAAGCGACUCACAGUGGCGCGGUGUCAUCGGUGCUUUGGAGGCGCUGGCAGCGCACAAGGAAAUUGCGCGUAUGAUCACCAGCAUGGAGGAGUGGAACCCGCCGAACGCGACCGCGGCUGACUUCGAGACGACCAGUCUAUUGGGUCCGCUGUUCCGCUUGAACGUCUUCCCGCUUGAAUGGCCCUCGAUUACAAAGACUUAUUUUGCCAACUUGGACACGAGACCAGCGAUGGACGUUGAGUCGGCGAGGAAUACGCUUCGUGGCGCCUUACGGGACCUCCACGGGAAGCUCUUCAAGGUCUUGAACGUCUUCGUACGCGCAGAUGCCCAAUGCCGUGAGGCUGUACUAGGGUACAUCUCUCGUGCCGUCAAUCUCAACAUCAAGCGCUCUGGCUCACACGUUGACCCGAAUACAGUCGCCACAGAUAGCUUCAUGGUUAACCUCUACGCCGUUCUCCUGCAGUUUGCGGAGCCGUUCAUGGACGCAACAUACUCGAAGCUGGAUCGCAUUGACAGGCACUACUAUGCACACUCCUCCCGUGUUGAUCUCAAAGACGAGACACGCAUCAAUGCUACGAGCGACGAAGCCAACGUGUGGGCCGAGGAAAACAAGCUUGCACCUGGCGCGGCGCCACCUAACUUCAUCUCUGACAUCUUCUACUUAACGCUCGCAGUCAUGCACUAUGGGUUAUGCAAGACGAUGGACAAUUUUGAGGAGCAAACGAAGCAUCUCGAUGAGCUCAAGAGGCAUCUGAAGACUAUCGAGGGCGACCGCUCUUGGGAGGGUACGCCAUUUGCUGCUCGGGUCGAAGCCAGCAUCAAGACCGUCAAAGCCCAGAUGGAGACGCUGAAGGCGAACCAACACGCGUACAUGACCCAGCUCAUGGACCAGGAGUUGCUAUUCAAGAGCAAUACCUUCACCUCGUUCGCCGUCACGUGGUUGAUCCGCUUCAACGACCCCGCACAGAAGCACCCAAAGCCAACUGUCGAGCUCCCUUUGCCCAAGGAGGUCUCACGGGACUUCAGGAUACUGCCCGAAUACAUCCUUGACAAUGUGAUCGAGUACUAUGUCUUCUUGACACGGUCAGAUCCUCGAAGCCUGAACGUCGCAGGCAAAGAAGAGCUGCUUGUCUUCCUGAUGACCUUCCUCACGUCAACCUGGUACAUCAAGAACCCCUACUUGAAGAACAAGAUCAUCGACGUCUUGUUCUAUUCGAGCGUCUCGUACUAUCAGGGUCAGGAUAGUUUACUGGGCAACUUGCUCAAUGGGCAUCCUGUCGCACUCAAGAACCUUAUCCCGGCACUUACGACGAACUACAUUGAGGUCGAGCAUACCGGCGCAAGCUCGCAAUUCUACGACAAGUUCCACGCCCGUCGUGAGAUUGCCAAUGUUCUCAACGUCGUUUGGAACAACCCAGCGCACAGACAAGCUCUGAGCAACGAAGCACAAAACACGAGCAAGUUCGUGCGCUUCGUCAACUUGAUGAUCAAUGAUGUGACGUACCUCUUGGACGAGGCUUUGUCCGACAUGUCGCGCAUCCGCGUCAUUGAGCUUGAGAUGGAGGAUAAGGAAGCUUGGAACGCCAAGACGCCCGAGCAGAGACGUGAGACGGAGAAGAACCUUCGCGAUCUCGAGCGCAAAGCCACAGGCUACAACCAGCUGGGCGAUAGCACAGUGAACCUCCUGAAGAUCUUCACAGCUGAAACGAAGCGCCCAUUCAUGGAGCCUGAGAUCGUCGACCGGCUCGCGGCUAUGCUGGACUACAAUCUUGAAGCGCUCGCCGGCACACGCACGUCCGAGAUCAACGUCAAGGACAAGGAGAAGUACCACUUCCGUCCGAAGCAGCUCUUGUCGGCUGUUGUGCAGGUAUACUUGAACCUCGCGGACCAGGGCGAGUUCGUGCACGCCGUUGCGAACGAUGGACGCAGCUAUCGCAAGGAACUUUUCGAGAAGACGGCGAACAUUUGCAAGAGGGCAUCGCUGAAGAGCCCAACGGAGAUCGAGCAGUUGUUGUUGUUUGUCUAUAAGGUCGAGGAGGCGAAGGCGUCGAUUCAGGCGGAGGAAGACCUGGGAGAAAUUCCGGAUGAAUUCCAAGACCCACUGAUGGCUACAGUCAUGCGCGACCCUGUUAUCCUCCCAUCUUCGCGCGCUGUUCUCGAUCGGUCCACGAUUAAGUCCAUCUUGCUCUCCGACGCGAAGGACCCAUUCAACCGUCAACCGCUGUCUAUCGAUGAUGUUAUUCCCGACGUCGAACUCAAGGCCAAGAUCGACGCAUUUUUGGCCGCACGUCGUAACAAGGACACUGCGUUGGACAAGGCACCAGAGGACGUUGUAAUGAUGGACGCUGCUCAACCCGUUCUUGAGGGUGAGCGCAUGGACAUGACCUAG